AAUAAAUAUUUUAUAAUAUAUUUAUUUAUUAUAUUAACAGUGAAAAAAGUUGCAAUAAUUAUCCAAAGGCAAAGGCAGCUGCACAGUAAAACUUGUCAGUCUCUCCUCCAAAUCUCCAUUGCUCUGAAAUUUGCGCUGUCAAAUACUAGUAGAUUUAUUUAUGUAUUAAUGGGAAGCAAGUAUUCCAAGGCAACAAAUUCCAUAAGUGAUGCUUCAAACUCUUUUGAAAGUUAUCGAUUUCCUUUAGAAGAUUUGGAGGAAGCAACCAACAAUUUUGAUGACAAGUUUUUCAUUGGAGAGGGUGCAUUUGGGAAGGUUUACAAGGGUGUUUUGCGUGAUGGAACAAAGGUCGCCCUGAAAAGGCAAAAUCGUGACUCCCGGCAAGGUAUUGAAGAGUUCGGAACAGAAAUUGGGAUACUCUCACGCCGUAGCCAUCCGCAUCUGGUUUCAUUGAUAGGAUACUGUGAUGAAAGAAAUGAGAUGGUUCUAAUUUAUGACUACAUGGAGAAUGGGAACCUCAAGAGCCAUUUGACUGGCUCAGAUCUACCCUCCAUGAGCUGGGAGCAGAGGCUGGAGAUAUGCAUAGGGGCAGCCAGAGGUCUACACUACCUUCAUACUAACGGAGUUAUGCAUCGUGAUGUCAAAUCUUCAAACAUAUUGCUUGAUGAGAAUUUUGUGCCAAAAAUUACUGACUUUGGACUAUCCAAGACAAGGCCUCAGCUUUAUCAAACCACAGACGUGAAAGGAACUUUCGGCUACAUUGACCCUGAAUAUUUUAUAAAGGGACGACUUACAGAAAAAUCUGAUGUUUAUUCUUUCGGUGUUGUUUUAUUUGAAGUUCUUUGUGCUAGGUCUGCCAUGGUUCAAUCUCUUCCAAGGGAGAUGGUUAAUUUAGCUGAAUGGGCAGUGGAGUCGCAUAAUAAUGGACAGUUGGAACAAAUCGUAGAUCCCAAUCUUGCAGAUAAAAUAAGACCAGAGUCCCUCAGGAAGUUUGGAGAAACAGCGGUAAAAUGCUUAGCUUUGUCUAGUGAAGAUAGGCCAUCAAUGGGUGAUGUGUUGUGGAAACUGGAGUAUGCACUUCGUCUCCAAGAGUCUGUUAUUUAAGAUAUUUUUGUUUUUCUGAGUUUUAUAUAGAAAGGUAAACUUUGAAAACUUGAAUUGCUAUACCUGUGGAUCCUUCUUUCAUUUUAUUAGGUGCGUCCGGCUGUUACACAUAUUGUAUAUGGUUCUUAUUAAGUUGUUCAGACAUUUUCUUAUUGUAAAGAGGCAAAAAGGAAGUUUGCUGCUUUGA